AUGGCCAGCUGGAAAUCCUAUAUUGACCACCUGAUGGCUGAUGGGACAUGCCAGGAUGCUGCCAUUGUUGGUUACAAGGAUGUUCCUUCUGUGUGGGCUGCUGUCCCUGGCAAGAUUUUUGCAGGCAUCUCUCCUGUGGAGAUGAAUGUGUUACUGGGGAAGGAUCGCUCUCCGCUAUUUGUCAAUGGACUGACACUGGGAGGCCAGAAGUGCUCCGUGAUCAGAGACAAUCUGAUGGUAGAUGGAGAGUUCACCAUGGAUCUGAGAACAAAGAACAUUAAAGGAGAACCCACUUUCAACAUUACAAUCUCCCGAACAGCCAGAACUUUGGUUGUGCUAAUGGGUAAAGAAGGAAUCCAUGGAGGAAAUGUUAACAUGAAAUGUUUUGAGAUGGCUUGCUACUUAAGAAAUGCAGGGUACUGA